CACCAGGUGAGGUGUACCUACUACGAGGAAGCCUCGGAUAGCAUAAAGCUGACAGGUAUUAAUUAUGACAGGCGGAAGUGAGGGGCACUCCUUUUACUCCAUUGCUGAACACCCCCUGCCUCCCCAACCCGUCGGAAGAUCACUCCACUCUCACCGAGGGACGCGCCUUCACACACACAAGGGGAAAGCGAGAGGAGAGGAGAGAUAGACGCAGGUAUAAGCAGGAGGUGGGGAGGGCGUGCGCUGAGACGCGGCCGUCCAGUGGGACGAGGAGAACACCAGUGGGGAUGUGUUGCCGAGCUGCUGUCCUCCCCCAAGCACGUUCACAUUUACGGCGCAGCUGAAUCGGAGCGCGGACGCAGGUGUAGCCUCCUCCGCGGACCUACUACCACCUAUCCCAGUUUCCCACGCGCCGGGGCAGGAACGACAAGAGCGCGGUUAGAUGACCGCGCGCGCUGCUUCUCUGAUCCGGUGCGCCGCUGUGAAUGUGACGCCGGGUCCUCAGCCCGAAGGCACGCCGCUCUCCCCGCUCCGUACAGAGAAGGCUUAUUGACCACCAUGGCUGACCAGUACAGUAUGUUCCUCACCACGGCGCCACCCCUCCGGCGAGGGAGCACGCCCCUGCCCGUCAAGCACCAGCUGCAGCGAGAGGAGGCCGUGUCCGACGACUGUGAUUGGAUACCGGGCCUGGAGGAGCCCACCACGUUGCCUAUCAGUGACACAGCGGUGCCUCGAGACGACUCCUUCAGCCAGUUGGCGGCAUCCCAGCCGACGUACCAGAGCCACGGCGGGGCGCUGAGGAUAGUGCUGCUGGGACAGAAUGGCGUGGGCAAGUCGUCGCUUGCCUUAUCCCUGGCCGGACAGUCGGACAGAUCGCUCUCUAUAGACUCUGAGACACAAGCUUGUGGCGAGGGCUAUGAGUGCACGGUGACGGUGGACGACGAGGACAGCAAAGUCAUCAUAUUUGACAACUGGAAACAGGACCUGUCCACUCUGCAGUGUGAUGUGUGUAUCUUGGUGUUCUCAGUGACCGACAGGCGAAGUUUCCACCGCACCGCCCAGCUCCGCCUCCUUCUCAGGGAGUCCCAGCCACAAACGCCCAUCAUCCUGGUGGGCAACAAGAGCGACCUCGUCCGGUCCCGUGAAAUCAGCUCAGAGGAGGCCCAGUCCAGCGCCAUGAUGUUCGACAGCGUCUACCUGGAGCUCUCCGCCUCUUUGGAACACGGCACAAAUGAGCUGCUGGAGGCGGCGGUGCGGAGCGCGAGAGGGGACUGCGUGGGCCCCGGGUGGACGGACGGCGACCCGGCGGCUGGACGGCGAGAGAGCCUGACGAGCCGCGCCAAGCGCUUCCUGGCCGGGCUGGUGCCUCGCUCGUACGGGCGCGACCGGGAGCGUGGCCGCUACCGGGAAAUGAGCCGCCACCGGGGCAGCAAGAUCCUCCGGCAGAAGUCCCGGUCCUGUCAUGACCUCAGCGCACUGUGACCCCCCACCCCGAACACAGACAGAAACGAAAACACACUCCACAUUAACACAAAAAUAUUAACAAACUGGAAGACUUUUUUCUUAGGAGAGAAAUGUUGAGAAAUUAAAAAAUAUUUUAAAUGUGCAGAAAAGGGGAUAAAAAUGUGAAAUCAGAGGAUAUUUAGGUACAUUUAACUUGUAAAAGACAAGAGCACACAGGUGAGUAGGAGAAAUCGGAUGAUGUGCAGGAAGUUUGAUUACAGGGUGAAACGCGGGAUGACGAGGGCGAGAAAGAUGAGAGGUGAAUGAUUACAGCAGACUGCCUCGGAUGGCAGUGAACCAUCAGCGAAGGCAAUUUUGGGACAAACGGAUGAGGAGGUGGGCUGCCUUUCAGCUCCAGGUUUGAGUGAAUCAGCGAACGCUCAUUACCUGAACGGAUCGAGCGACAGAAAAUCAGCAGCAGAGUCAAGGUGCCGAUUUUAAAGCCUAAUCAGUGCGACGGACGGAUGAACGGCGCCACAAACACACACCUAGGUAGCACGCACCAAUGUAGAGACUUAUAGAAUUUUAUUAUGUAUAUCUGUUAAAAACAAUGUUUUAUAGCAUGCGUAUUAGCAGAAGCUAACCCUAUAGAUUUUACAGUGCCCAGUUUCUUGACUUUACAGUACCUCAGUGGCCAAUAGCAAAUGCACAAUCCCGACAGUGUUUGAAACAAUGCCGACCCAAAGGCAAGUCUAUUAUCACAUGUCCACACUGCAUCCACCAUUUUUCUGUCCAGACUGCCGUUGAGGGUUUGUUUGUUUGUUACCAAACCACAGCGGUCACUGCAAUCAUUGUGUUCAUGUCAGACUUUCAUGUACCAGGCUAACACAUCAGCACUCAAGCCAUAUUGUUGCUGAAUGCACAGUGGGCAGCCAGCACAGCAAACCCUUUACUGCAAGACGCGAGGAAAGAAAAGCGACUAAGGCGAGGCUCUUUGAACGACGCUGAGUCACGGACCACAGGGAGGCUCUUGGAGGAUAAACACGGAAAACAAAUCCACCUGCGGUUGUUUGACAUUCUCUCUAUAUUUUAUUCUUUUUCUUUUUUAAGUUACCUGUUGGAACUUCUAAAUGGGAUGAUUUCUUCAGCGGUUUAGAUCCAGAGGACGCUCUGGGAACGCUGUCGAGACAUCUCCUCCUCACCGACACACAUCCCUGCUCGUUUGUCCACUGAGCACUCUCGCCCCCUCCACUGGGAAUAAAUACAGUUUGGUUUGACAUCUUUAUGAGUUUUUCUGUGAUAUUUUUCAAAGGGUGCAUUACGAAGCGACAGCAGCCGUUUAACCCAGGUGAAGGAAUUCAACGCCUUUGAGGUCCGGUGAGUCAUCAAAGGGCCUCGCCGCUCUUAUUUAGGGCAGAGCGGCAAAAAGACACAGCGUCAACACAAUGUGCGCUCACUUAAAUUCUAUACUGGUUCAGGAGGGGCGGAAAUGUGAGCGAGUUUAUCCCGACUUCAGGAUAAGCAGUGAAACAAAUUACCUAUUUAUUUGUGGAAAUUCUUUGAUCUACUUUGGUGAGAUUCUCUACUUUUUCUUUAAGACCCUGACCUUAAGCUUUUCAAAUUCAGCUGAUUUUUUAAGCUUGAUGUUUUUCAUAAAGUAUUUAUUUUAAAGUUCUAUGAUAAGGAGCAAGUUUGAGUGUCCAUAAAAAAUUGUUUAUCUAAAAAAAGGCGCUUUAACAAAUGAAUCUGAUUGAAGCGUACAAGCAUUGCUUUAAACCCCAGUAUAGGUACUUAAACCAGUUUAACACUUUGGUAUGUUAUGAACACAAACUUGAAUACAUAUUGUGGAUUUUUUUUUUUUAUCAUCACAAAAUAGUGCAUGGUAAUGAAGUUGGAAAAAAAUGGUUUUAAAAUAUUUAAAUAAAAAUCUGAAAAGUGUGGUGUGCAUCUGUCGGAGUCGAUACUUAGUACUUUUUGCUGCAAUUUAGACACGUUUUAUUCUGUUUUGCAAAAUAACUAAUGGGAUGGAGAGCAUGGGAAUAGAAAUUUUCAAGUCUUGCCACAUUUCUCAAUUACAUGUUGGUUUGUUGACUGGACUUUUAUCUAAACGGUUCUAUUGUAGCUCAGCUUUUCUGCCCAGAUUUCUUUUUCAACCUCCAACAACUUUUCAUUUCAAACGGUACUGAAUGUGACACUGUUCACUACUCUAUUACCUCUGAGCUUUUAUGCUGCUUGCUAAAAUAAAAGCUCAGGGCUCAUGCCUUUGGCAGAGCAUGCUAAGCCGGCGAACCUGUCUUGUUAGCAUCUUGCUAGCUUAGCAUCAGUUAUCUGACUGAGCAGUUCGAUUCCCUCCCAGAUUUACUGUCUGUUUCUAACAGAUUUUUCUAUACAACUUUUACCAUUGUGAAGAUUUUGAAAAAGCAGGGAUCUACAGAGAUGUUACGGGUAUUGGACAGUCGAUAACUUGCUAGCAGAAUGCCACUGCUACCAUCUAGUUUCUUGUGAGCGCAGGACCAACGCAAAAUCAGAGUCCUGCCAUUUUAAAGCUGCUUUUGGUAAUGCAGACCAUUUCUACAUAUUUAAGCUGAUCUGAAAAGUUUAAAAGAUCCAACUAAAGCUGAGGCAGAUGUUUAGUAGAAGAAAGAAAGUUCCUUUGGGACCCCAGGCGGGACCCCAAGUUCACACAUCAUCCAAAUCCCAUCAUAAAGACAAUAAACUACAGAUAAUUUACCUGCUGGCAACUUGAAAUAUCUGAGGGAAGAGUCUGGAUGAGUAUGCUCUUAUUUUUUUCUCUCUCUCUCCAAGAUCAGCUUUGAGAGAAGAUUUGUAGCAUUCGCCACAGUUAUUACUCACUUCACUGCAUACAUGUUUUCUUGUAAAAUUACUUUUCCUUAUUUCGCUGGCUUUUUGUUGAUGCACGCUCUCGGCAAGAGUCACAACUGUGAUCCAUUCAUUAAUUGCUUUUUUUCCCCUUUCUCUCUCAAAUGACCUUUUAAUGUCAAAGCAUCACACGAGGAGAAAAAGUAUGAAUGACAUGAGUCUUUUUUUUAACUUGACCAACACAAUGGCAUCAAAAUACUUCCGUACACUGCAAUAAAGGCUGAGAGUGCGGUAAUAA